ACUAUUUUUAGCUUUUUCGCAAGGCUGACGUCAUUUAGUGUAUUAGAAUAAUCUCCCUUGCUGAACGAGCAAAACUUGUCGAGACAUGUUCGAUUUCAGAAACGCUGAGUAGCGGACUUUUUAAAGGUAAAGUUUAAAGUGUACAGAGGUGAUUGAUUGAUUGAUUUUGGAUAUACUACCAAUAGUAAGAUGCAAGACAUUCAAGGGAUUGAUGAAGAGGUGAUGAAGGCGGGGGAGGAGGCCAAGGCAUCGGGUCAACUAACCCCCCUUAUAAAGGUAGAGCUAUGGAGUAAAAUCCAAUCUCGGAGGUUAUCCGAGGGGAAGGAGGAACUUAAUGUUCAGUUCAGCCCGCCCACGGCAACACCUUUGACGGAGGAGGAAGAAGAGAAGAGUAGGCGGAGGAAGGAAUGUAACAGGGAGGCGGCACACAGGUGUCGACAGAGGAGGAAGGAACGUCAGAAGGAUAAAGACAAGGAGUUAGAACUCUUGAAGGCCAGGAAUGAAGAUUUAAAAAGGCAGACAGAACACCUGGAGCAACAGAUAGAAGUGUAUAAAGGUUUACUCAGUGUGGAGACUCUUGGGAACCCAGCCUCGCCGGAACAAGAGGUGCCAGGCCACUGGAGUGGCCACGACUUUCUGGAUUAUUCCAUUUGAACUUUACUUAGUCAAUGCAUUAUUCAGCAUUAAGUACAAUGUUGACAAUUUUGCCAAACUUUUUUACCAAGCUUUUCUUUUGAACAAUUGUUUUUUUUAAACUUUUGCAUUGCAUUGCAUUUUUUUUCGAUACAUAGACUCCAAAAAAGUGAUAAAAAUUCUUAAGUUACCAUUAAUAUAAUGAGGAAUCAACCUGUAGAUUUUAAAUUUUGAGCUCCUUAAAUAUUUUUGCAAAAUACUUUUUUGUUUUACCUGGGAAACCAGUUGUCUCCAUAUUUCUCAAUUCUCAGGGAAAGUAAAUGAAACUCAUAGUGUUAUAUCAUUCCACUGUAUUCUUAUUCUCAUAAAAUUUCUCAAAAUGGAUCAAAUGGCAUGCACUGUAUUUGUAUAUAAACCCAGUGUUAGUGUUAAAAACCACGAUCGUUUUUGUUUGGUUGUAACGCAUUUGUAAAUAUCAUAUCUAUAUGCUUAGUCUGAAUUUAUUAUCAUUUUGUUGUUAAAAUUGUAAGUUUUGAGAUUUUUGCCUUGUUAAAACCUGUUGCAGUAUUUUUGAUGUUACAUUGUUUAGAAAUAUAUACUAUUUUUGUUUUGUAUAAAAUGUUUUUUACUUACUGCAUUGGUCAAUCACACCCUCAAAUCAGACCAAUUUAAUCUGUAUUGUUAGCUGGGCAUUAAAUGCUAUAGAGCCAUGUAAUGACAUUCAUAUCAUUGAUGAAUGAUUCAAAACUAUAUAGACUUGUUUGUGUGGGGAUUGGCUUCCAUGAUCAUUUUAAGAGAAAUGUACAUUGAUAAUCCCGAUUCUAUUGCCAUAUGUUUUGUAACGAGAUGUAUGAUUAUUUUUCUCUUCUUGAUUGUGUAGCAUGCGUGUAACCUGGCAUUUUUAAUUUGCUUUCUUUAAACCUUUAAUUUUGUAGUCAUAUUUUACCAUUCAGUUUAGAAUUUUAUGCAAUGUAGAAUUUACCUCAGUUAUUCUAGUAACAUCUUCCAUACAGGAUAACUCCGUGAAAUGUGAGUGUUCAGAAUAAAACAAUGGCGUAUUGA